GCUGGCCCAGCUGGAGGAAGCGGCGGCGGCGGCCACGAUGAGUGCGGGCGACGCAGUGUGCACCGGCUGGCUCGUUAAGUCGCCCCCCGAGAGGAAGCUACAGCGCUACGCCUGGCGCAAGCGCUGGUUUGUGCUCCGGCGAGGCCGCAUGAGCGGCAACCCCGAUGUCUUGGAGUACUACAGGAACAAGCACUCCAGCAAGCCCAUCCGGGUGAUAGACCUCAGCGAGUGUGCAGUGUGGAAGCAUGUGGGCCCCAGCUUUGUUCGGAAGGAAUUUCAGAAUAAUUUCGUGUUCAUUGUCAAGACUACUUCCCGUACAUUCUACCUGGUGGCCAAAACUGAACAAGAAAUGCAGGUGUGGGUGCACAGCAUCAGUCAGGUCUGCAACCUUGGCCACCUGGAGGAUGGUGCAGCAGAUUCCAUGGAGAGCCUCUCUUACACGCCCUCCUCCCUGCAGCCAUCCUCUGCCAGCUGCCUUCUUACCGCCCAUGCUGCCAGCUCCUCUUUGCCAAGAGAUGACCCAAACACUAAUGCCGUAGCCACUGAGGAAACCAGAAGUGAGUCAGAGCUUCUCUUCCUUCCAGAUUAUCUGGUUUUGUCCAACUGCGAGACUGGAAGACUGCACCAUACCAGUCUACCCACCAGAUGUGAUAGCUGGUCAAACUCAGACCGUUCAUUGGAACAGGCUUCAUUUGAUGAUGUUUUUGUUGACUGCCUGCAGCCGCUCCCCUCCAGUCAUUUGGUCCACCCCUCAUGCCAUGGCAGUGGAGCUCAGGAGGUGCCAUCCUCAAGGCCUCAGGCUGCCCUGAUCUGGAGUAGAGAAAUCAAUGGGCCACCCAGGGACCACUUGUCUUCUUCACCAUUGCUGGAAAGUUCCUUAAGUUCCACCAUUCAGGUAGAUAAAAAUCAAGGUUCUUUACCCUGUGGAGCAAAAGAACUAGACAUUAUGUCCAACACUCCACCUCCCCGCCCCCCUAAGCCAAGCCAUCUGUCUGAACGGCGCCAAGAGGAGUGGAGUACACACAGCGUUAGCAAGAAGCCAGAAUGCACUCUGGUUCCAAGAAGAAUCUCCCUCUCUGGUUUAGACAACAUGAGAACCUGGAAAGCUGAUGUAGAAGGCCAAUCCUUAAGACACCGAGACAAGCGGCUUAGUUUAAAUUUGCCAUGCAGGUUCUCCCCGAUGUACCCCACACCUUCAGCCAGUAUCGAAGACAGCUAUGUGCCCAUGAGCCCCCAGGCUGGUGCCUCUGGUCUUGGACCCCACUGCAGCCCUGAUGACUACAUUCCAAUGAACUCAGGAAGCAUCUCAAGCCCAUUGCCUGAGCUACCUGCAAACCUGGAACCUCCCCCAGUGAAUAGAGAUCUCAAGCCUCAGAGGAAAUCACGGCCACCUCCUCUGGACCUGAGAAACCUCUCCACCAUCCGGGAACAUGCAUCUCUUACCAGGACCCGCACUGUGCCUUGCAGUCGAACCAGCUUUCUCUCUCCAGAAAGAAAUGGUAUUAAUUCUGCAAGAUUUUUUGCUAAUCCUGUUUCCAGAGAAGACGAAGAAAGCUACAUCGAAAUGGAGGAGCACCGAACAGCCAGUUCCCUGAGCAGUGGUGCUCUUACAUGGACAAAGAAAUUCAGCCUAGAUUAUUUGGCCCUGGACUUCAAUUCAGCAUCACCAGCCCCCAUGCAGCAGAAACUUCUCCUUUCAGAAGAACAAAGAGUAGACUAUGUCCAAGUGGAUGAGCAGAAGACACAGGCUCUCCAGAGCACAAAACAGGAGUGGACGGAUGAAAGGCAAUCCAAAGUAUGAGAGGUGCGGGCUUGCGCCAUGUGUGAAACAGGGAAGCUUAGGGCUCAGUUUGAGUUUUUUCUUUUUUUUUUUGUCCACUAAAAACACACUGAUGGUCAACACAGGUCAAAACCAAGAGAGAAUGUGUAGUUUUCAAGGUCUUGGCCAGAACCUUUAGGAAAGAAGACCUGUUUAUACAUUGAAGGAAGAAAAGAAGGAAGCAGUUGCCUUCCAGAGGGGGCGCUGAGAGAAUCUAGCCUCCCCUCUGUCCUAUUGGAGCAAAUAUUGGAGUGAGUGUUGCCACCAACAGGAUUUUAUCAUUUGACUCCAAUACCUGAAAUUCUGACCUCUCUCCUGUGCUUCAAUGAGAAUGAUAAAUUAUCCUAGCAAAGGGGCCUCCGGAGACCAUCUUGUUCCAGCCUCUGAAGACAGUUGAGGAGAUCAAGCCCAGCAAUGGUGGCAGAAUCUUACUCCACAGACUUCAGCAGACUAGUUAUUUCAAUACCCAAAGAAAGACAAGUGAGAGGGGCAAUGGAUCUCAGGCUCUGAGAUAAGUAUAUCAGAUGACACCGGUGGCUCUAAGGAUAUUGCAAUUAAGCAGCUACCUGUAGCCAGGUAUUCUGCCGCUCUUGGCCUUUUCCCAUGCAUCGUCUCAUAUCUUCUCCGAAAGACCUUGGAAGAUAGGCCUGGAAGAGACUGUUGAUGCCACUUUGAAGAAAAGAACACUGAGAACUAGAGGAGGGAACGCUUUGCCCAAGAUUACUCACAAAGCCAAGACCCAGAGUCCGGCUUAGAGAAUAGAGUUGUCCAGGCUGCCAAUUGCAAGCUCAUUCCUCUACCUCAUACUUCCUCUGAGGAUUUUGACAAAAUGGAUUAAUUGGGUGAGCCUUGGAGACAUGUGGGAAACACCUGCAGACACAAAAUGAGUAAUCAUCCUGUCUCCCUUUCAAUAGGGAUCUGAACAGGUGUUUUGACACUUGAAAGGUGUGCAUGUCAAGUGAGGGUUUCUUUCUGCGAUGUUCAACUGGAACUCUCUCAUCAGUAGUUACAAUUAGAAAUACCUACUGAUGGUCAGUCUGAAGGCCAUUCUCAUGGUCACCUAUACGGUGUGUUUCCCUGUGAGCUGAUUAAUGCUAGCAGAGGAAUUUUUACCACCUUGGGGAAAGCAUAGGUUGUCCCUGGUUAUCCUAUGAUGGGCCCAAGCUUUGGAGUGAUAGAGAAAAAUGACCAGGAAAAAACCUAUGAAUUCCAUUCUUAGGUUUCCCAGCCAAUUGCUCCCUUCUGCUUGAGAAGUGACUAGGUACUGAAAGUACAAACACUCCCACUUUAUAAUGAGGGCAUCAUGUCACCCCUUCCUUUACAGGUCCUGGGGUCCAGGAGACCCAGAAUGAAGGUGUCAGUUGGGCAUGAAGUGUUAUUUAAUGUCCGUUCUUGAUCCUUCUGAGCACCUACAGCUGGAAACUAAGCAGAUACUGGUCCUGUAUUCUGACUGAGAUUGUGUCUUCUUUAUGAGGAUAGAUCAAAUUGGCAGUCAGGCCCAUGAUAGUGCAGUUGGGGCAGUUGUAGACUUUGCUACAGGAUUUCAGGGUUUCCAGUCACCCCACAGGUAAGUAAAUGCCAAAGUCUUCUUUUUUCAGACCAUACAAGAAGUCAUUUUGAUUUUCAAAGAAGCCAUUUUGAUUUUCAAAGAAGCAGGUUCUGGUGACAUUAUUUUCUUCCUUGGACAAAGUGGGGGAAAAUUUCUAAGUAUUUUAACUGAGUUCAGGGUCCUUAGUGAGCCUGGACAGAGCAAGGAGAGGGCUCCCCACUCCCUAAGCCCCACAGCCAGCUCUGCAUCACCACACACAGCCAGAGCCUGUGAGGAGCUACCUUCUUCCCCAUGUGACUUGCAAAGAGUCUCAGGCAAGAAACCAGGGCUUCAAAUUGCCAGUUCCCAUGGAGGGUGGUUCCCUCAUGUGGAGUACUUGUGUUAGGAUCAGUGGUUAUCUGACAAAGACUGGUGCAGAAAAAAAUUGUAGGCCCAAGUGUCAAGAACCACACCAGAUUGGAGAUAGAAAAGAAUAGCUGAAAUUAUGUCAGUAGUGAAAUGUCACUCAAUUGACCCACUGAAAAAAGAAAAGAAAUCUGUUUCUACAAAACAUUUCCAGAAACGUAUUUAUAGCAUGAAGAAAUACACACAUGGGUAGUGUGACCUCUUUGGAUGUGAUUACUUAAAAAUGGAAUGCUCUGAAUAGGGACUCUCUACAUUAAAGGUAUGUAAGGCGAUAGGGGUCAGAAUUUUAAAAAUUUAAUUUUGAAAAAGGUGACUCACCCCUCAUUUCCAGAGUGUAUGCAAUUAUGUCCUGCUUUGAUAAAACUGCUAGAGGAUGGCUAUGCAAAAGCAUAACGAUUCAAGGAAACAAAGUAUAGGUCGUUUUUGAGCUGACAGCAGCAAAGCCACCAUAAGUCAAAAUAUUGGUUUUGGUGGAGAUGAUCGAUGUGUGCAUGUGUGAGAGAGAGCUAUGUUUCUGACCAAGGUCCUGAUGUUUGUUACAGAAAUGAUCCCAGAGACCUGCAAGAUGUGGGAAUCAGCACAACAGGGCAAUGCAGCAAUUAACCCCACAUUGUUUUCUGUAGUUCCUUUUUGUUUCAUUUUCUUCUGUCUCAUCUCGUUAGAAAAUUCCUCCCAGUCAGGGGUCAUCCAUUGCAGGACGGGGGACCCAAGGGUCUCAAGCCUGCAAGUCCAGAAGGUGACAAACCCAGGAGCACUGGGAGUUAAGCUUUCCUUGGGGAGGGAAGAGCCUUGAUGUCCAGCACACAGCCUGGCUAUAAAGGCACGAAGCGACCUACCCACUGUACAGUCCACUUCACAGGAUCAGCUGAAUCAUGACCUUUAAAAGUUCCGAGUUGAAACUGAAGGCUCUCCUCAGACCUGGCUUUUUCCUCAGUCCCUGUUCAUACCAUCUCUGCAGCCACAAUCACACUGAUUUUUCAAAUUCAUUUUGUUUUUGCUGUUUCAUUUCUGGCAUUAAUAAAAGUCUUAUAAGGAGAAA